AUGAAGCCCCAAAUAGGAUUCCAGUUUCUUGCCGAAGAACUCCUGUGUUACAUCCUGAGUUUCCUUCCUCACCGAGAUAUUCUUCGGUGUACAUCUGUAUGUAGGACCCUUCGCCAGACAUACUUGUCCUCCUCCGAACUUCAGUACAUCGUUGAAAUAAGCGGACAACAGUUGCUCGUUAUCCCCAACACAGACGAUAUCAUACCUAUUUCUAAGCGUCUGCAGCAUUUGAGAGACGAAGCUCACGCAUGGUUCAAGGUUGACACCCACUGGUUCCUUAAAAUUGUCCCCGUAACAAGGGCACCGCUAUCGCGAGAAAUCAUUGUUGCUGGUGGGCAUUUCUGCUCGUGGGACCCAAUAGGUGAUACGGCCAUGAUCUUUCCAGUACUUCCAAAGCCCUCACAACAGUCAAUCCGGCGAGACUGGCUCCCAGGAACGUUGUGUUCGGUUCCACACUCAUACGUCCUUGAUGUAUUUAUGGACCCAGCACAAAACUUAAUCGCUGUCGCCUAUAUCGUUGAUAACACGACAGUCUAUAUUAACCUUAGGGCCCUGGAUGGUGAUGGUGUUCACCCUGAGGCUGCUGGAGAGAGACUGUUCCUGUUGGAUGAUUGGAAAAUCCGUUUCCAACCGAGAAGGACAAAGCUCAAAGGUUUGGGAGGCAUAUCGCAUUGUCGUGUCGCUUGCCCAAUGAAAAUUGGAAUCGGUUGA